AUGGUGACGGAGGCCCUGAACCGGAGGUUUGAGCAUCUGCUGGACUCUAACACGUGCUCUUCGGACCUAAUUGAUGUCAUACGACUGCUUGUAGCUCAUGCCAAUGAAACGGAUCUGUUUAAAAAAGAGCUACGCUCUGCUCCCUUUUCUGUUCCUGCGGAGCAGCAGGUUCAACGUGUUCAAGGCGAACCCCUCACGUGUGACCAGGAGAAGAUGGAGCAGAUUUCGUUUCGCACGAAGGAGCACAUACUUGUUGCUGCAGAGAGUUCCCUCCGCUCGUAUGUGACGAGCCUUAAAAAUGUGAACGACAUAGCCAUAGCGACAAGCUCAAAGAACCUCCGGGAGAUGAAGGGUCGCCUGUCAGCGGAUAUGUUAUCCUUUCAGGAGCGAGUAGUGCGAACAACUGUGGAACAGAUGGAGCAGGAACUAGACUCCCUGCGUGUGAGCUGGCUUGAAUCCAUGAAUAGAGAAGUUGCGCGUGUUAAAGAGGAGUUGCAUCGGAUGGGGGUUGGGCUGCGGAGGGAACUUCUAGGCUUGAUGGAAGGUUAUAGCAAAUACAUGGCGAAGGGGAUUAGAUUGCUGAAUGUGGAUCGGUUGGCUGACAUGCACCGAUUAACAGCCGAGUGCAUGCUUUCAGCAGAACGGCUGGCGCUUGUUGAAAAGCAGCUGGUUCCCCGGGUUGAAAUCCACGUACUGCACGAGCAGGUAAAGGAAAUCGAAAGGCAACUUUCAAGAAUAGCGGGUUACUCGCUAGGGGCAAGGCAACAACGUGUGGAAAGUGAAGGUCGUUGCUCCAGAAGUGUCAGCGUUGCGGUUGAUGAUGGCGUGUCACGUGUGAAGAAUUUGACGUUGGGAGGCGGUUGUGGAGAUUCAAGGGGCUGUUCUGGGUUAGUAGAUGUAAUGUCGUACUCAAGGGCGCAGGAAACUACUGUUAACUCCGACGGUGCCGCAUUACUCAGAGACCCCGUUCCAACCACACAAAGGGCUGAGUUCGCAUCGACCAUUCAGCAAUUCCUCAAGCGGUAA